AUGAUCGGUGGAGGAGUUGGUAUCAGUUUCAGAAGCGAGUUUUUCAAUCCAGUAAGAAAAUUGUUGAAAUAUAAAAAACAAUUCAAGAAACCUCUAUUUCUAGGAAACUCCAGCGAGAAUUCCAGUCCAAGGUUUCUCAAAUGGAUCUCGUCUCCGUUUAGUUCUUCUUCCAACUCAAGAACCAAGAUUCCAUAUCAAUUUGGUUUCACCAGAUGAUAUUGUUCUUCACUUCAAUCCAAGAUUUGAUGAAGGAGCAGUUGUUAACAAUUCAACUCAAUCAGGAAGUUGGCAAUCGGAAGAUCGUUUCCCACAACCAUUCCAACAAAAUCGAAUUUACACUUUGGAAUUCAUUUCAGAUGGCGGAAUCAUUCAUGUAAUAAUUUCAAACUUUAAAUUAGAAAAACAACUUUUUUUUACAGAUUUUGGUCAACGGAAACCAUUUCGCCGAUUUUGUUGAACGUGCUCCAUCUCACGGUGUUCAUCUCAUCGAAAUUGAUGGAGGAGUUCACGUUCAUUCUGCUCAUGUUUCUCAUUAA